AUGGGCCAUCAGAUACAUAUUGAACACGUUAAAGACAGAGGACACCUUUGUCGACCCGAUAGCUCGGCUCAUAUCGCAUCUUUUCUCCCGUUAUUAUCCCCUUCUGUGCAUUAUUUCUCUUAAAUCUCGUAAUAAUACCGGACAACCCCCCAGGUUUGCCUGCUUGUCCCCGCUGGUUCUGCGUUACUGUGGGCUCCUCGACGCGGGGCUUUGCGGGAACAAACUGCACAUUUUCUUCCCGAAAGUUGACCAGGAUACGUAAUUUAACGGACGUGUCUACGUGUGAAAAACAGGUAUUUACGGAGGGGGGCAUUUGUGACUCAUCUCCCAAAUGAGAAACGGACGAGGUAACAAUAAAGGUAUAAUUAUUAUCACUGGCUCAACAUGGCUGCUUCCCUGGCGGUGGGGAUAAAAGUUUAGCCCAGAUGUGGGAGAAGUUUGAUACGAAUGGUUUCCUCUGGCAUUCGAGUUACUGGCUAAACGAAACUUGUCACCAGUCUCUUCCAACCUGGUGCGAUUCUACCGCUAGAGAGCUGGCCCCUAACACCGCUCUGUGGACUGAGAGCUGGCCCCUGACACCGCUCCGUGGACUGAGAGCUGGCCCCUAACACCGCUCUGUGGACUGAGAGCUGGCCCCUGACACCGCUCCGUGGACUGAAAGCUGGCCUCUGACACCGCUCCGUGGACCGAGAGCUGGCCCCUGACAACGCUCGGUGGACUGAGCGCUGCCCCCUGGCACCGCUCCGUGGACCGAGAGCUGGCCCCUGACACCGCACCGCUCCGUGGACCGAGAGCUGGCCCCUGACACCGCUCCGUGGACCGAGAGCUGGCCCCUGAGAGCGGGCCCCAGACAACGCGCCGCUCCGUGGACCGAGAGCUGGCCCCUGACCCCACACCCCUCCGUGCACCCCACACCGCUCCGUGGACGGUGACUGCAGUGGCCCCGGUGACGGUGGAGAGUAGCCCGGAGCCAACGGGGCUGUGAAGGACUCACUGCGUCGAUCCUGGUCGUCUAAAAUGCAUUUCUCUAUACCUGAGACAGAAGUUCGUUCGGGGGAUAAUGGAUCAACCUUUGUGGCCUACAACAUCCACGUCAAUGGAGUACUGCACUGUCGGCUGCGCUACAGCCAACUCCUGGGCCUCCACGAACAGAUCAAGAAGGAGUACGGGACCAACGUGGUGCCUUCCUUUCCCCCCAAGAAGAUCUUCACGCUCACCCCGGCCGAGGUGGAGCAGAGACGGGAGCAUCUGGAGAAGUACAUGCAGGCCGUGCGUCAGGACCCCUUGCUGGGAUCCAGUGAGCUGUUGAACUGCUUUUUGAGGAAAGCCCAGCAGGAGACCCAGCAGAUCCCCACAGAGGAGGUGACGCUGGAGGUGGGGCUGUCCAACGGGCAGAAGGUGACCGUCAGCAUCCUGACCUCGGACCAGACGGAGGACGUGCUGGAGGCGGUAGCGUCGAAGCUGGACCUCCCCGACGACCUGGUGGGCUACUUCAGCCUCUUCCUCGUGCGUGAGAGCGUGGACGGCGGCCUCACAUUUGUGCGGAAGCUGCAGGAGUUCGAGCUGCCCUACGUCUCAAUCACCAGCCUGAGGAGCACCGAGUUUCAUAUACUGCUGAGGAAAAGCUACUGGGACAUGGCGUACGACGUGGACGUGAUGGAGAACCGUGUGGGCCUCAACCUCCUGUACACUCAGACGGUGUCUGACAUUGAGCGGGGCUGGAUACUCGUCAACAAGGACCAUCACCGGCAGCUCAAGUCCCUGCAGGAGAAGGGCUCCAAAAAGGAGUUCAUCCGUCUGGGCCAGACCCUGAAGUACUACGGCUACACCAAGUUCGACCCGUGCGUGACGGACUUCCCGGAGCAGGGCUGCCAUGUUAUGGUGAGCGCGGGGAACAACGAGCUCAACUUCCACGUCAAGCUGCCCAGCGAGCAGAUGAAGGAGGGCAGCUUCAAGGUCACCCGCAUGAGGUGCUGGAGGGUCACCUCCUCGCAGGUCCCGGUGGCCAACGGCAGUGCGGGCCCCUGCGGAUCGGCCAAGCUGGACGUGAAGCUGGAGCUGGCCUUCGAGUACCUGAUGAGCAAGGACAGGCUUCAGUGGGUCACCAUCACCAGCCCCCAGGCCAUCAUGAUGAGCAUCUGCCUUCAGUCCAUGGUGGACGAGUUGAUGGUGAAGAAGUCUGGAGGAAGCCUCAAGAAGAUGCUAAGGAAGAGGCACAAUGGCUCAAUCCACCGGUCCGACAGUCAGCAUGCUGUGAAAUCCCCCCCUCUACUGGAAUCCCCUGACCCCAACCGGGAACAAGUGGUCAAACUCUCUACCAAGCUGAGCUCCGUAUCGCUACGUGGCAUCAGCGCCUCCAACUCGGCCAAUGACGUCAGCGGCAACGAUUUCCACGGCAACUAUGCGUUCGAGGGCAUCGGGGACGAUGACCUGUGAGCCCCGCCCCCCUCGACCCCGCCCUCCCCGACCAGCCGACCCCGAUCAACUGGGGGUGAAGGAGAGAGAGAGAGAGAGAGAGAGAGAGAGAGAGAGCGAGAGAGAGAGAGAGAGAGAGGGAGGUUGUAAGCUAAGCUGAGCCACACCGGGCUGAGAGAGGGUCGGUUCGAUUCUCCCAGCCCGGAGAGUUCCGCUGCCUUAAGUUCUCAUUCAUUGUUGGAUUGUUGUCUUUUAGUUUUUGAUUUUUUGAAACCGAAAUGCUUGCAUUUUUGUUUGCAUUUUAAAGUCACGCCGUCUCUCCCUCGCGUUGUUUGACCCUGGCCCCAUCUCACCCUCGCAACGUUCCCCGGCGGCGGCGCUCUGUAUUAGCUGUGACACUGAGAAAAGAUAAAGCAUGUUAAUCUAAAACUUUAACACAAAAGAGACACACAAAACGAAUCGGUGAUUCACUGCUGCCAUCUGUUCUUAAGUAAUUGCUUGCCGUCUUGAAAAUCACACAUUUCGUUUUUCGAUCAACACCGAACACUUCUUCCCCCAUUGUUGUCGUUUUGCGUGCAAACGUUCUUCAUCACACUUAAGAAACUUAAACAACCAUUAAGCCUGCUCUCCAUUUUCUAAUUUCCGUGGCUUUGUGGCUGUUUCUGAGCCGGAAGGUUUGUCCGUCGAGUAAGGCCUGGCACUAGUGAUUCACGACUGCACCGGAGUGUUCAGUGAAUGUGUUUUUAAAAUAGAUCCCAGUAGAUAAAAAGUUAUCCUAUUAGGAAUGACCGUUUAGAUGCAAUUAAUGCAAACAUAUUUGACUGGGCUACAUACCAAAACAGCAUCUUGUUGGAGAAUUCAGUCCUGGACGAGAUUCUAGUUUAGAUGGCGUUUUCUUUUUCUUUUAGUGCCGUCCGUGUUUCAGGUUAGGAGUAGGUAGGUUUUGCUUCACGAUAUUACAAUAGUAUUAGUUUUAAUAGAUAGUUUUCACUUUGUGUUUGACGCACAGCCCCACUCUCUGCCUUCAAAACUCUGUGAAUGCCUUAACACUUAUGUUAGAAACACAUUUCCAUCCAACAAAUGAAAGUUGGGGGGGGGGGGGGGGGGGGGGGGGUGGUAAUCCCUCUAAGCAUUACACUAAAGUUACCUUCAUCUCUUCACCAGUGUUAACUACGAUAUGGCAGGAUCUCGGCCAAGCAACUUGCACUUGCUAAUUCACCCGCGUUGCACAGUAUAACUGGUGGAGAGGGUUAUUUAUGGCGGGAGAACGGCCUGUCCAGCGGGACUUUGACCGCGGUUUGAAAUUCCAACUUUUUUAUUUCCAACUGAUUAUUUUCUCUUUUCUUUUUUUUGUUCCUUUAAAUUGAUUAUAUUAUUUCCAAGGUUUGUCAUGAAUGCCAAAUUAUAGUUUACUAAAGCAUUUUGCACAUAAGAUAGGCCUACACAUAAAAUUAUGUCACUUUUAUAAUAUGUACAUGCAUUUAAGAAAGAAGUAUUCUGAACAUUUACGUUAUAACUAUAUCAAAUAGUUUAUUGUAAUCGAACAGAUCAAAUGUAAUCUAAGAUGUAUAGAACAAAAACAAUUAUACGUACUAACCUUUUAGCAUUGUUUACAGGAUAUUUAGGGAACACUUGGUGAAAAAUGAAAAGUGUUUACAAAUCUGAUUUGUAUUGAUUGUUCUUAGCGGGCGACAGGACUGUUUUCUCGUCGUGCUCGCGUCAUAAUCUCAUUUAUGUUUGUGACAUCGGCUCAUGAUUGCAGAGGAUUUUUUUAGCGGAAAAGGUGCUUUGUUGAAAUUUGCAAAUGUGAUAGAAAUGGCUGCUUGAGCAAAGUUAGUAAGAGGAUUUCCUUUUUUUUAAAUGAGCUUAGCAAGUGAAGCCUAACCAAUUCUUGCUCUCAUUUCCAUCUCAUUCCAGGUCUUUCUGAGUCUUAAAUCGUCUUUGUUUGUUAGGAGUUGCAAUUAUAGCUAGUUUGGAAUGGCCUCGUCCCAGAAGGUGAACUCUGUGGGUAGCUAUGAACUGUCUUGUCUUGUUUGUUUCUGUUUUGCUUGAAUGUCUUAAGAAAGGCAUCAAGUAAUAGAAGGGGUUGUCAUGCCAAUGUUGUAGUUUUUAUAUAAAUCAUUUUUCUUCAUAUUUCAGAACAAAUGCAUAAAAGCUGCAAUGUCUUGGGUGUCAAUAAAUGUAUAGGUGCCAAAUUAA